AUGUCUCAAGAAGCUGUAUAUUGUCCAGCUAGUCAUUCUUCCACUAGAAUAAUUUAUGAUAAGCGCAAAAAUUACAUUAGAAUCGAAAGUGGAUAUUGUAAGUUGUGUAAUAAAGAACAUUUUAGUCAAGAGUUUGGCACUUGGUCUAGUGGAAAUGUUCUAAUUGAUAUAAAUAUCAAACAAAGUAUCGAGGAUAUUAUGAAUAAGAUGACUUUCGAGAUAUCAAACACACAUAGCUCAAAAAAUGAAAAAAUGUCACCAAAUCUUGAAAACGGCCCACGGUUUAGUGAUGUAGCUAUUGUAAUGGAAGCAGAAAAUUCUACUACUCAUAUUAAAGAUCGUUUGCAAAACGCAAAAUCUCCAUAUUCAAAUGCGGAUUAUUGA